GAAGCGGAAGCGGGGAACGUUGACCGCGGGCCAGGUGGAACAGUCGAAGGUGCAUUGUCGGGACGAGUACGAUUGCCGGCGGCGCUGCGUCGGCUACAGCGGGUCCGUGGAGGCCCCGGAUCCGGACCUCGAGGCGGCCAAGUUCUCGCAGCUGGAGGCGUUGCGAACCCGGCCGGCCACGGGGCGAUUGCGGCACUGCGUUCGGGAGGGAGCGGAUGAGGAGAGCGCCGGGGAAGCCGUGGCGGACACGAGUUGCUACUGCGUGACCUACUCAGUGACCGGGAACAAAUUGCCGCUGUGCAGCGCGGGGCACCGCGCGUUCCGCGACCACGGCUACUACUUUGACUCGGAGACCAAACACAUCCUGGGUGCCGGCAGCGGUGACUGCCUGAUUUUGGGGGAGAAACGCGCCGGCCGGGACGCCUGGCCGGUUUUGAGUGUGAACUUCCGCGACCGAGAGCGCCGUCCCGAACUCGGCAGCAGGACAAGCACCGAGGCUAGUGCACAAGGAAGCACUUCUUCUAGCGCGUCCUCCGGGUUUGUGGAGCUCGGAACUACAACAGCCGUCGAGCUCGGAACAGCAUCCGCGUUUUUCCAGCAAGGACCACCCUUUAAAAGGGAGGGGCUUACUACGCAAGAAAAAAACUGUGUAAGUGUAAAUCUGUGAUGCAGAAAAUGCAAAACAGUAACACUUGUCAUGCUGGAAGUGCGUCAUAGACUACUAUCUGAUAGUAGUCUAUGACGCUUACUAGUAUCAUACGUGUUUCCACUUACUAGCUGCGCAUGACAGGUUUUCCCUGUGAUUUAAAACAAAUUUGUGAAGAUGCUGCUCUUCCUACAAAGUUACACGUACACAGUUUUUUUCCUGGAUACUUACCGUCUGGGGCGUUGACCCCACGGCGGCGGAAAAACUACUGCUUCGAGUAGAUAUACCCCCCGCCGAAACGCAGCAGAAGUUGAAGAGUGGGCAUUUGGAGUGCUGGAAUGUGUGCGAGGAUGUAAGCAGUCGGGACAAACAGCGGGGGUUCUGCAGCAAGUGCAAAGUGAUCAGCGGUCCAGACUUCGCCGACUACACCGGCGCGUGCUGCCGGUACAACAAAAACACCCCGCAAGGCGAGCCACACACCUGGGACCCGGACGACCCCCGCGAGUGCCGCAUCCUUGGCGCGCUGAAAGGCAAGGGGCCAGAAAAUUUCCUCUCGAAAUUGUAUUGGGACUGGAUGGACGAUCCAGACCGCCUUGCAAAUUUUAUAUUUAACGUCGGCACGGUCUACAACAAUCUAAAGGGCUACCACAGUUGCGUCGCGGUUCCCAAGUGGGUGCAAGACACCUGCCUGCGCUAUGGGACUGCUCUCAAACGUUACCUUCGCAACUGUAUACAUGAUUUUGGAUGCAAAAUUACCAUCAGAACCGACACGAUCAAGCUGCUUUGCGUCGUGACAAAUUCUCGAUGGGCCGAACAAGGGCUGAUAAUCUGUGCCAAAUCUGUUAUGCAAGACGCGCAAGGUGGAAUCAGGUCCCCCCUUUCACUUUUGCCAUUCUUGCAUCACAGAGUCAUUGGUAACAGUUGUCGAGAAUGUAACAGCUGAGAACGCCAUAUGCGCCCGAGCGAAUGUAGUGCGGAGGGUUUGUGCCCCGUGUGCAAAACGAACAUUCUGGGUGAUACUGCCCCGCAGUACGCAAACCUCAAAGGGGCAUGCUGCAAAAAAGGCAACAAUUACGCCAGUGGCCAUAUGUGCAACAACGUGGUACCGAUUCCCGGUGGUGAUGGUCGUGCAAAGUACCGGUUGGCGGACCUAAAGUUCAAAGACGAAAGUGCGGAGAGCAGGGAGUUCUAUGUUGCCGAGUGUGUAUCAACUGCAAAUAUGUCUUGGCCUGGAAGGAUGCAAGGUUUGUCAUGCUUGUCUGGCAUGACAAUGAUAUGACUGCAGAGUCUGUGAUGCGUGUCCAAGAAGCGACCCUUUUUCUUGAUAUGCAAAAACGCAGUGUGUCUUUGUCAUGCGAAAAGGGCAACACUAUCACUAAGCCGCGCAAAUAUUUGUCAUGCUUGGCUUUGCAUGAGAGACCAGACGAUGACGAGCAGUCAUCAUUCACAACCUAGCAUUGCAAGUUUCCAGUCCAAGACAUAUUUGCAAUGCAUAGUGUGUGCUGGUCGACCCCGCGCCAGUGCCCGCUCCGGUUAGUAGUACAGCACCGCCAGGUAGCACAACAGCAGCGCCGGUCAGUAGUACAACAACGCCUCUCCCGGUCCCGGGGGAAGGAGAACAAACGCUCACCUCCAGCACAGAAGCCGCUCCGGUUCCAGCCCCGCCGGACACGAGCACCUCUCCGCCUCGGGAGCCCGUGCCCCACCAUAAUCUGGGGACGGGGGGUAGCACCAAGUGUCACCGGUGGCGCCCGCGCCGCGUCGACGAGGAGGCGUCGGACUCGCGGUUCGGGGUCUGGGCUUUGUACGCUGAAGACCCGAAGGACGCGCCUGCAGCCGUAUCAUUUGUAAAACUGUCCGCACCCCAUAGUUAAGUUGUAGGCAAGUCUGCAACACAAAUCUCGAUGUUUUGGGAGUUGCGCAUGACAAAUUUCCAUCUGCAGUGUAGUGCUGGUUAGCAAGUGCAGCCGCAUGAGAAACCCAGCUUCUCAUCCUGUUUACAGCAUUACGAAGUCCAAAACACGAUUGGAAAUGCCAUUCAUGGCGAUCAUGCGCAUUACAAAUCGAUUCCUGUCAUUGCGCAUUUGCAUGACAACUCUGGGGUGGGAACGUUUUUACUCGCAAUAAGCCGCAGCAGGAGGUUCUACUUCCGGGGCGGGGCACCACGGUGUGCAGGAGGCGGACGUGUUCAAUCGAUACUGCUUGGUUCUCUCGGUUCCCGACGGCACCGGGCCGGACUCGGAGGCGCAGAUGGAGCUCCAGGGCUGUACGACUGCGGACGCAAUCAACAAGAAACGCAUGAAGUGGGAGUGGGAAGUGCUGCAGGAGAUCACGGGGACGCUCCGCGUCGUGGAGGAGGACUUCUGUGUGGUUCCUUCCGGUAUCCCUGGCGCGUCGAAAGGCCAGCUGGCUGCCUGCGACGCGGUGGAUCACCGCGACAGUGCGAUAUCAAAUGCAAAAAUGUCUGGGUCUGGAAUGUUGCCGGGUUAGUCAUGCAUAUUUUGCCUGACCCAAGAUGUCUGUAAUGCACGACCUAGCAUCACAGAUUUUUAGAGGGCUUCCUGAUGCCCACUCCGCAUGACAAAUGCCCUCCCCUCGAGAGACUCCUCUUGCUGGUCAUGCAAUACAGAUUUUUUUUAGAGUCCAAAGUCAGCAUCACAAGUUCCAACCUUCCAGACCCAGACAUUUUUGCAUUUGAUAUGCGAAGCGGCGCGUCGAGUGGCACUGGGGCGGGCCGCCGAGCUUCCUGCUGCCGGGGUGGCCGCCCCUCCGGGACAGCCGGGGGCAGACGAUGCCCGAUGUGCACGGGGUGCGCUCGCUCGUGGAUGUCGUGGAGCACGACGGGAAGAUUAAGCAUCAGGCCGACGACCACAGCGCCUGGACGAUUCUAACGCACCACCGGCACAUGGAAGUGGACCACCACUUUGAGGCAACGAACGUGAACCCGGAUCGGGCGGUCGAGUGUCUCGCCGUGGACUUGACCCAGCCGAUGACAAUCGACAUCGGGGCGCCGGUGAAGAGCAUUCCGGUGGCGGAGGUAAUGGGGGAGCAGCGGCUGUGCCUCGAGUGGGUCCCGGUGCCCGUGCCCGGGCUGCGCAACACCUACUGGCUGCAGGUGCGCCAGCAGGUGCUGCACCGGGUGCGCGACAAGCGGUGGAAGCAGCCGGCGCGCCUUUGUCUGGACCGUCUGCGCCGGACCGGCGUAGACAUGGUGUUAGCGCUGUGCGAGCUGUACAGCUACACCCUGCCCCGGGGGUUGCGGGACAACCCCGAAAUGCCGCUGAUCCCCCUGCCGAUGCGGGAACUCGGUCCAAGCAACGACACGGAAACGGCGGCGCAGGUCCUGCGCCACGAGUUGUUCGACCGGCGGGGGGACCUAGAACUCUUCCUCAGCGGCAGAUCAGGAACCGAGGACAGCAACUACUACGCUUGGUCUUCGCAGUGGUGGCGGUGGGAGGCGGUGCAAGCGCACUACGAACCGCUUCUGGAGGUGAAACUGACCACGCCGCCCCCGCCGACCACGUGGACCUUUUCGACGACCCUCAGCUGGCCCGUGCAGGUGUCCGCGCACCGCCGCACCGGGUGUCGUGAUUACACCUGCAAGAUCCACCACGGGCAACGGGAUUUCCUGUACUUUCUUGACGUGCCGGACAUCGCCUGCGUGAGCGAAACGUCCCACGAGCACUCCUGCGAGCGUCUCUGCUGCGGACUGGUCUACUGCAUGACGACCAGGCGAAAGCCCUUUGAGUACGGCAACGCGGCCGAUAUGCAGUGCAAAAGUAUCGUAGUCGUACUAAUUGCGUUUAUGCAUUACAAAUUUAAUGAUCUGUAAUGCUAAGCCAAUUUGUCAUGCAAUUUAUACUAGUGCGCUGCUUUUGCAAUGCAUAGCCGACUACGACUUGCAAAAGGACGUGCACGUGUUCCGGGACGCGCAGCGGGCGGCGGCGGAGCUUUAUCAAAUGCAAAUAUGUCUGGGUCUGGAAGAGUGCAGGAGUUUGUCAUGGACAAUUUGCGUGACCCAUGAGGUCUGUGAUGCAUGCCCUAGCAUCAGAGAUUCUGCGAGGGCUUUUUGAUGCUCAUACCGCAUGAGAAAUGCCAUCUCCGCGUAGCACAAACUGCGCCGUCUUUGUUGUUCAUGCAAUACAGAUUUUAUGUCGAGUCCAAGGGUAGCAUCACAAGUUGCAACAUUCUUCCAGUGCAGACAUAUUUGCAUUUGAUAAGCUGCAACAGCACGCCAAGGAGCUCGGGUACGUGCCUAUUUUGCCCCCGCACGACCGGUUCGGGGGGGUUGAGCACUACCGCCCCACGGACGUAGACUGGGACGAAGACUACGUAGGCUACUACACGGUGGACAGCCACCACGUGGUCUCACCGAGAGUUCCGGGGAUGGCGGUGCUGCCCGACUUUUCGGACGACGCCAGCUCGUCCAGCACGGUGUUGAUCGACAAAUCCGGCUUCACGAUGGGAGGACUGGCCAUGGACGUGGCCGCGGGGUUCCUCGGGGCCAGCGCCGCCCCCGAUCUGGCGGAGAGGAGAAGACUGACGGGGCGGAGUCCGGAUUUCCAAAACUGCGUCACGAAUGCGGAUCUGGAAUAUCCAAGAAAAAAACUGUGUUAUUGUAACUCUCUUUUGUUGACAGCAUCACAAAUUUGCUCUACAUGACAGAGAAAACCUGUCACGCGUGGCUUGUAGGGGAAAACACACAUGAAAAGCGGACUUUGUGGUUAACUGGCAUGACAGGCGCAACUCUGUUGCAUGUUCUGUAUUACAGAGUUACGCUUACACUUACACAGUUUUUUUUCUUGCAUAUGGGAACGGAUGGGUGUAAAAGGUCCUCCUACUUCACGGUGGAGGUGUUCGAGAGCUGCGACAAAAGCGAGAUCGAUUUUAACAACGAGACGAUCCGGAUGAACCUGAUCGACGAUAGUCAUUUGCACUACUGGACAGACGACGUGUGGUAUGACGAGAGUACACAACUCCCCCUCGUCCCCCUCAUUUGUAUUGCAUCGGCAGUAAUAGAAACACAAGCGCACAUGGAGGCUACGCAUGACAAGUUAAUGCGCGUAGUGUAGUACUGUUUAGCUUUAGGCUUCCAGAAUCUGUCAUGCAAACGGUGCCACAAGGCGCAGCACUUGGAUUUGGGAUUUUGCAUUCCAAAUGAGGGGGAGGGGGAGUUGUGCACUGUCAUAUGUGGGUCAAGUACGAUCGGGGCCGGUACGUGGACGAAGAAGACAUCCGCAAGAACGAGCCUUACGUGCACCAGUGGCAGUGCCAGAAGUACGUGGGCUUUUUGCACCCGCCUGCCGAGUGGGACGCCGCGGUCGCGACGGAGCGGGCGGCCUUCUUGCGGCUGCAAAACCACAAGACGACCUUGCCGACGGCGUGGAAGGGUUUGUUCGACAGCCGCGAGUCGGGAGAGAACGCCGAGUGGCGGCUGGUGACGCCGCGCACCAAGAUAUCAUGGGUAAAAACGUCCCCACCACGACCCCAGAGUCAAGUUGGGAACUUAGCAACACAAAUCCAGAAGUUUUGGGAGCCACGCAUGACAAGUUGCCGUCCGCAGUGUAGUGGAUGUUAGCAAGGGCAACCGCAUCACAAAUCCAUCUGCUUAUCCUGUUUACAGCAUUACAAAUUCCAAAACGCGACUGGAAAUGCCUCUCAUGGAGAUGCGCACUUUUACAAAUCUUCCUGUAAUCGCAAAUCUGCAUGACAACUAUGGGGUGCUGGGGACGUUUUUACAUAGGAUACAAGACCCCGAUCCAGGUGCGGGAAACCGUUCCGGACAUGUGGAGCAGCAACGAACUCGUGCCCCUGCGGGACUGCUGCGCGCACUAUCCGGAGUAAAAACGUCCCCACCUCCCGCCCAUAGUCAAGAUGGGAAAUCAGCCUCCCUGCUACACAAAUCAGCCAGCUUUGGUUGUUGCGCGUGACAAGUUUGGCCUCGUAGUGUAGUAAUCCGGUUCAGCUUGUUCAGCAGCGUCACAGAUCUAGCCCACCAAGCUGGUUGGAGCAUUUUUGCAAAAUCCAAAACACGACUAGAAAAUACGUGUCAUGGGGCUCCGCAUGAGAAACAGUUGGAGCAUGCAGAUCUGCAUGACGGCUAUGGAAUGGCGACGUUUUCACAUAGGAUACGCACGUCGCGCAGUUCAUGUCGGACGUCAAUCACCGAUUCGGCCUGGACAACUUUGAGCAGCAUGUGGUCGCCAGCAACUGUGUCGUAUUCUCCCGCAACCUCUGGGUCGAGCAGGAUUAGGGCGCCAGUGCUGCUACAACAAAAAUGCCGCGCUUUGAAUAUCCGAUAUCUGCACCUCCAGCAAUGACGUUGUACACGUAAUGAGUAAAAAAAAUUGGAAUUGGAUACUAAAGAUAAUGCUGAGACUUACACUUAUUCUACAUCUACUGUACAAGAACAAAUGAAAUAAAUGUACCACUAAGCAACUACAUCAUGAUGAUGAAUACUUCGCUUCUUUCAGAAUGAGACCUUACGCAUAGAUCGGUGCACACGAUCUUGAAAUACUGUAUUUAUACGAAGAAAUCGUUCGAAGGGUCGUGUCUAACAGAGGACAUGAUUGGCGCAAUUCAAUGAAAGUGACAAAACCUCCGAAAGCCGAAACGGAUAUUUGCUAUAUAGUUUUGACGCUUAUAAUUUCGGCUUAUGUCGAAGCAAACACUCCCUCGGUGGAUUGAAAGUCGAACAAUUUGUAUCGGAACAACGGGACGACGACGACAAGAAAAUAAACGUCAGCGUCUAGCGGAGCGGAAAU